UCCAAAUCCUGACUUUAAAUCGUCAUUAUCUUUUCCUCCAUUUUUUGUUCUUUAAUCAUUGUAUUUUCAUGAGCUCACGAGUUCGUAAGAACGUCAUUAUCAUUCCUUUACCGAAUCUCCUCUCUGUUAUACCCCACGACUCAACCACCGUUAUCGACUCCAAUUUCAAGCUCUUUUUUUUUCUUUCUCACAUUUGCAUUUCGAAUUCAAAAGUUUCCGAUUAUAGAUUGCGAGACUGUUUCUUCACUAAGUCCAUUUCAGUUAGAGAUGGAGAGACAAAGGAGCUUCUCUGUCAAGUCCACAAGAGUCUUAGCAUUGAGUAUUACAACAAUCUCUUCCGCCAUUGUUUUCUUAACCUUCCUCUCAACUUCCUUAACCAAAUCGAACUCUUCUUCUUCUUCUUCUAUUUUCCAAACUACAGACGCUAACUUCCAGAUCAAUAUAAGCCCUAUUGCAGCCAUAUCCGAGACUAACAACCUCCAUAUCUCCGACUCUUCAGAUUCCCCACGAGCAAGCCCGAUUCUGAUUUCUACCCAUUUCAGCCCGCCUGAAAACACUUCCGGGUCCGCGAAAAUUCCGGGUUUUGAGCAGAAAACUCGCGGCGAGAUUCUGGUUAAGGAAGAUAAGGUAGUUGCUAAUUUAACUUCAAUCAAAGUGAUUGCACUUCCGAGCAACGAUGGUGAAGAGAAGAAAAAGAAGAAGAGAAUCGAAGAGUGCGAUGUGACGAACGGGAAAUGGGUUUACGACAGUGACUCUCCGUUGUACACAAAUGCGUCUUGUCCGUUUAUCGAUGAAGGAUUCGGUUGUCAAAGCAACGGAAGAUUGGAUCUCAAUUACAUGAAAUGGAGAUGGGAGCCUCGUGAUUGUGAUGCUCCAAGGUUCAAUGCUACAAAAAUGCUGGAAAUGAUAAGAGGGAAGAGGCUAGUGUUCGUUGGAGACUCGAUCAACAGGAACCAGUGGGAGUCUAUGCUUUGUAUGUUGUUUCAAGCUGUGAAAGAUCCCAAGAGAGUCUACGAAACGCACAACCGAAGAAUCACCAAAGAGAAAGGGAAUUACAGCUUCCGUUUCGCGGAUUACAAAUGCACUGUGGAAUUCUAUGUUACUCACUUCUUGGUUCGUGAGGGUAAAGCAAGAAUUGGGAAGAAGCGAAGAGAAACGCUUAGGAUCGACGCUAUGGACCGAACCUCUUCGAGAUGGAAAGGUGCUGAUAUCUUAGUGUUCAAUACAGCACAUUGGUGGUCUCAUUACAAAACCAAAUCCGGGGUCAACUAUUACCAAGAAGGAAACGAGAUUUAUCCAAAGCUCGAUGUAUCAACCGCUUUCAAGAAAGCUUUGCAGACUUGGUCAUCAUGGGUUGACAGAAAUGUCGAUCCCAAGAAAACCCGAGUUUUCUUUAGAAGCGCCGCACCUUCCCAUUUCAGUGGAGGAGAAUGGAACUCAGGAGGCCAUUGCAGGGAAGCCAACAGGCCGUUAAACCAAACAUUCAAGCCGAGUUACUCAGGCAGAAACACCAUUGUUGAGCAAGUACUAAAGCAGAUGAAAACACCGGUUACUCUCUUGAACGUAAGCGGUUUGUCUCAGUACAGAAUCGACGCUCACCCUUCUAUCUUCGGAACAAGACGAGAAAACCGGCGUUCACAAGCUGUUCAAGAUUGCAGCCAUUGGUGUCUCCCUGGUGUUCCUGAUACUUGGAACCACUUCCUUUUCCUCCAUUUGCUCCACAAACGAUAAUUACAUGCUCAAUUUACUUCUUCACUACAGUUUGUUUAAUGUAGGGGUUCCUCAAAUCUGGUUUAACCAAACCGAACCGAUACCAUAACACAAAAAAGAAAACCAUAAACGACAAUGAUGUUUUUACACUCAAAUAUAUUCCCGAACAAGCUAUAACCGUAACCAACCUAAACUUCAAGAGAAAUAAAGCGAC